AUGGCGCAGUGUCUUCCAGUGGCAGAAGACACGGCCUGGUCCAAGCCCAGAAGCAGCUGCAGGGAUCCUGCUUGUCAGAAGUGCCUCUGCAGCUGCACUGUUUCUGUGCACACUGCAGUGGACACUGCUGCCAGCUGUCAGGCUAGUGGUGUGCAAAUGCACAGCUGGAGGGGCUCUUUCAAGUGCACACUAGGAGGUGGGGGUCAGCUGUGGAGUCUAGGCUGGCAUCUUGCGCUCAUACAGCCACAAAGGCCGAGGCUGGCCACCAGUGCAGUUCCUGGGCUCUGGCAUGGAGACAAAGUACUUGUGAAUGUCAGAGAAGCUACGCAGUUGCGGUCGAAAUCCUUCGGGGCCAUUUUUCCUUCAAAUGAAAAGCCCCGGCUGUGCUGCAGCCGGAAACACAGCCGUCCAUGUCUUCAAUUAGCGCAGGGCCCAGGCUCCCACGGGGACACGGCGGGUCCCAUUCAGCUUGGCUCCACUCCUCUAGCAGCAAGGCUGUGUCUUGGGCCAAGCAAGGCCCUGUCUGAACGGUGCUCACACUUUCUUUUACCCCAUUCAAGACAAAUUCAACGUAGUUAUUCUUUAAUUACUGUUGCCAGAAAGAUAGCCUUUAAAAGAGAAAGAAAAGAAACAAUCUUUUUUUCUGAGUCCAAUUUGUUUGAAAAUCCUAUAUUGGAGUCACCAUGUUAGGUGGGUUUGAACCAAACUCUUUUUGUUCAAGUCAGUCUGUGCACCUCAGAUCCACAUUCGGUGAUGUUCCAGGAUACCUGCAGUGCCACUCCGUCUGAUUCUGCAUCAGCCUGUGACCUAAAUGAGAGUGGAUGUAGUUGGGAUGAGACUUGUAGGGUGUAUCACUCACCUUGACACCAUGGAAGGGUCCAGCUUAGUGUCUUUAAAUUGUUGAGAAGUCUGGGCUAUCUCCAGUGUAAGGUUUUCAGAUGUAGUAGUGAUCAUCAGUCUCGCUGCACAGGCUGUAUUUCGAGAAGGAAAAGAGACAUUUCUUCAUAUAAAUGGAAGGCUAAUUCCAUCAUAGGAUGCAUUCAUCUGAAAAGGGAUUGAUGUGCAAGUGGAAAUUCAGAAUUUCAGUUUCAAAUACAUGAAACUAAAAUUCAACCUUUGAGUAGUCUGCAUCUGUUUUCAUUCAUGGUUCUUGCUCUGAGUGUCGUGACUGUGGCUACUGUCCUCAUGAAGCAUUUUGUGAAUCAGAAAACAGAUUACAAAGACCAGAAGUUGCAGGACUAUUAA